AUGGCAGACUACCAGGAGCGCCUCCAGGCCGUCGCGGGCGAGCUGUCCAAGAUUGAGGCCGAGCUCGAAAAGGCCGUCGAGAUCCGCCAGCGCCUCGACUCGCAGCGGUCGGAAAACGAGCAGGUGCAAGUCGAGUUUCGGCGGCUCAAGCCAGACGCGGGCGAUGCCAUCUACAAGCUCGUUGGGCCCGUCUUGCUCAAGCAGGAGACGGCCGAGGCAAAGGGCAACGUCGACAAGCGAAUCGAGUUCAUCGAUGCAGAGAUUAAACGAGUAGAGGCGCAGCUCCAGGAGAUCAACCAGCGGAGCGAAAAGAAGCGCCAAGAGAUCGUCGCCAUCCAGCAAGAGGCCCAGCAACACCAGCAGCAGCAGCAGACAAGCGCAGAGGCCGUCUCAGCGUAA